AUGCUGGGAAAAAUUCAAGAGCUUCGCCACGAAGCACUCUCACCGCUCCAGACUGUUGAGAACACACUAGCAAAGAUCAUGGAAAUGAUCCAAGUUCAAGGAGAGACAGAUGUGAAUGCUGUCACACUUAGGAGUGGGAGAGCACUUCCAAAAGUUGUUCCACCACCACCGCAACCUGUCCAAGCGGAAGAAUCAAGGAUGGAAGAUAAUGAAACUUUCAACACAAGGCAAGUCGAAAAAGAAAUCGGAAGGGAAGACUCACAACCGCAACCUUCUCGAAAAGGGAAAGAAAUCAUGCAGGAGCUACCACCCGUGCCGAAAGCAAAGCUUCCAUUUCCUCAAAGAUUUCGCACUAACAUUGAUAACGCCAAGUACGAUAAGUUCUUGCAAAUGCUACGCCAACUACACAUCGACAUGCCAUUUAUUGAUGCAUUAGGAAAAAUGUCGAGGUAUGCUAAAUUUCUUAAGGACCUUCUAUCUAAUAAGAGAAAGCUAGCCAAAUCUGCUACUGUUGUACUAGGAAAAGAAUGCUCGGCUAUAUUACACAAAAGUGUGCCCCGGAAGUUAAAAGAUCCGAGAAGUUUCACUAUCCCGUGUAAUAUAGGGGGGGGGGGGCAACCUUCAAUAGAGCCUUGGAAGAUCUAG